AUGUUUGGCCAAUCUAUUGUUCUUGCGGCCGUUUGUCAGCUUUUGACCCUGACAGCUGCCCUCCCUACAGAGUCUGAUUCCCUUUCCCAGCGUCCCAGUAUUGAGGUGACACCUCAAGGCGCUUUCAAGCCUUUUCCGUUCUCCCCUGCAAGGCACAAGACUUGCCAUAUCAAAUCCCAUGGAGAUGGGAGUGAUGACUCCAAGUACAUCCUCCGUGCGUUUCGCAAAUGCAGCCCGGGUGGUCGCGUUGUUUUCGACAAAGACAAGGUGUAUACCAUUGGCAAGGCGAUGGAUAUCAGAUUUCUGAAGCGGGUUGACAUUGAUAUCCAAGGUAAAAUCGUCAUGACCAAUGACAUCGAUUAUUGGCUGGCCAAUUCCUUCAAGUACGCCUUCCAGGACAGCUCAAGCUUCAUUCAAAUUGGAGGCGCCGAUAUCAACAUCUACGGCGGCGGGGAAAUCGACGGCAACGGUCAGGCCUGGUGGGACGCCAGGAUGAACAACAAGACGAUCCAGCGUCCUAUCCUGGUCACGUACAUGGAUUUCCAUGGUGGAUCUGUGUCCAACAUCACCCUCCGCAACUCACCGAACUGGUUUCAAUUGGUGUAUAACUCGAGCAAUAUCGUCUUUGACAGCAUGUAUCUCAAUGCUUCAUCAAGCAAUAGCAAUCCGACAGCUAAUUCAGAUGGAUGGGAUACGUAUCGGUCUGAUAACAUCGUAAUCCAAAACUCUCGCAUUUUCAACUCGGACGGUGAGUCACUGUAUCCGUUCGAUGAUGGUGAUCUUUCUGACAUGGUUAGACUGCGUAUCAUUCAAGCCGAACAGUACGAACAUCCUCGUGCAGGUAAUAUCUCACAAGCGUACGUUACCAGACCAGAACUGAUCAUCUCUGGCAAGAAUCUGUACUGCAAUGGUUCCCAUGGUAUUUCCGUCGGUUCUCUUGGCCAAUACGUCGGUCAGGUAGACAUUGUGGAGAAUAUUCUGGUCUAUAAUACUUCCCUGAACAAUGCCUCGGACGGCGCUCGUAUCAAAAUCUGGCCUGGAGCAAUUGGCAACUCCACCAAUACUGGCGGCGGCAGUGGCUGGGUAAGGAACGUAACCUACGAUGGCAUGCACAACUAUAACAACGACUGGGCCAUUGAAAUGACUCAAUGCUACUUUGCGCCUAAUCAGACAGCUUGCAAUGAGCACCCGGCUUCGCUCAUUAUCGAGGACGUUCUGUUCAAGAAUUUUGACGGCACUACCAGUAGAAAGAGGGCGCCUUAUAUUGCUACACUUGUCUGCUCUAGCCCAGAUGUAUGCAAGAAUAUCCGCACUGAGAAUAUCAAUGUUAUCAGUCCAUCCGGCACUGACGAUGCUAUUUGCACUAAUAUGGAUCGUUCCCUUCUCGACCUCCGCUGUACCAAGGGUUGA